AUGCAGCUCAGCCAUGUUUCACUUCUCGGCACCGCCUCUGCUGUCUCCGCAUACACCAUGCUCGAGCUCGCUCGUCGUGGCGGCUCGAUCUCAGUCACUCCCCACGACCGCUACUCUUCCUCGGUCGGCGUCCUUGGCUGCAAGAUCAAUACUAACCGCGUCGCUUACUGGCCGUCGUCCGUGUCUUGCGAUAACCUCUGCGUUAGGGUGACCGCUAAUGGCCGUUCAGUGACCCUAUUGAAGGUCGACCAGUCUGGCGGCGCCUAUGAUAUCUCCUAUGACGCGUGGAACUACCUCGUUACCGGGCAGGGUGCGAAGCAGAAUCCGGUCUACGGCGGCGGCGUCAGUGCGACCUGGGAGGAUGUCCCUAUGUCCCAGUGUGCUGAUCUCUUGUCCGUCGCCGGCGGCAAGCUACCUCUGACGGCGGCAAACGCUAUGAACUACGUCGCCAGCUGUACUAGCAACACCUGGGUAGCAAAUAACUAUGCCUUGUAUAACAUCCUCGACCCAGCUUGCAAGUGGGGCUACGAUGAGCUGUGCACUCUUCCUCCGCCCACCGUUAGUAACCAGCCGUCUUGCCAGCAUCAGCUUGGUGUUCCAGUCACGUUCACCGGUCAGGGCUUCAAGAACAUCGACUAUGGUACUGGCAAGGAGUCGCCUCCUUAA